AUGGCAUUCUUGUUCAAAUCAAAGAAAAAUCACCAGGCUACCGGCCUGCCACCGGCGACAAGGAAUGUACAUACCUCAGAAGGUGCUCCAGCAGUCACAUCGCCGGGUGCUCCUAAUGGAGCGAAGGAGCAGAGCGGAGGAAACUCCGAAACACCUACACCCAGCAGUAGCUACAAUAAUUCAUUGAAUUCAGUCAAUAGCACGAGCAGUCCUGAACAGCAAAGGGCGCGGCCGAGAGCCGAAUMCGAAUCUCAGGCACAACGACCAUCGCAAGCCAUGAACACAACCUCUCCUAAUUCUAGUCCCGGUGCUUCGCUCUACCCCUGGUCGCAACGUCGACUCAAUUUCUCCACACCCCAAGGAAACCCGUUCCCCCGAUAUGGUGCAGCAAUCAACGCGGUCGCUUCGAAAGAAGGUGACAUUUACAUGAUGGGUGGAUUGAUCGAUGGAUCUACUGUCAAGGGCGACCUUUGGAUGGUUGAAAGCAGCGGCGGAAAUUUGUCGUGCUUCCCCAUUGCUACUGUUUCUGAGGGACCCGGUCCCAGAGUCGGCCAUGCAAGUUUGCUAGUCGGAAAUGCUUUCAUCGUGUUCGGAGGAGAUACGAAGGUCGAUGAAACCGACACCUUGGACGACACUCUAUAUCUUCUCAACACCUCAUCCCGACAGUGGUCGCGGGCAAUUCCCCCAAACCCUCGUCCAGCAGGACGUUAUGGCCACACCAUUAAUAUUCUUGGUUCCAAGCUUUACGUUUUUGGGGGUCAGGUUGAAGGUUACUUUUUCAACGAUCUUGUCGCCUUCGAUCUCAAUCAGCUUCAGAAUCCUGCGAAUAAAUGGGAGUUUCUGAUUCGCAACAGUCACGAGGGAGGACCGUCCCCUGGUCAGAUUCCUCCCGCGAGGACCAACCAUACGAUGGUCAGCUUCAAUGACAAGCUUUACCUGUUUGGUGGUACGAACGGCCUGCAAUGGUUCAACGAUGUCUGGUCUUACGACCCGCGAGCGAAUCUCUGGUCUCAGUUGGACUGUGUCGGAUUCAUUCCCACUCCUCGGGAAGGACAUGCUGCGGCUCUUGUCAACGAUGUCAUGUAUAUAUUCGGUGGUCGUACGGAUGAAGGCAUCGACCUGGGAGAUUUAGCCGCUUUCCGCAUCACGACUCGGCGAUGGUAUUCUUUUCAAAAUAUGGGACCAGCGCCUUCCCCGAGAUCAGGCCACAGUAUGACAGCAUUUGGCAAACAAAUCAUCGUCUUGGCCGGUGAGCCAAGCUCUGCACCCAGGGAUCCAGUGGAGCUCAGUAUGACAUAUAUUCUUGACACCUCCAAGAUUCGUUACCCGACCGAAACCCAGAACGGAGAAAAGGUCGCUGCACCUCCCCUGGCCAUGAGAAAAGGAGGCAAUGACCGACACGGGGCGCCAACUGGCCGAACGUCGCGAGAGGCGCAGAAUCCACAACCUGCAGACUCACAGCAACGGCGAGGACCAGGUCAAGCAAGGGAGAGUAUGAUGAUAACCCCAAAUGGUCGACCAGGCGACCAUGGCCCAGGCCCGGGCUCUCGGUUACCAAGAGCGUCCAUCGCGCAGGCACCCGCCGGCCCUCCACCGCCAGGUCAGGCACCAACGCCCGGUCCCCGAGGCAGCACACCACAGCACGCCAUGAAUCCCAGAAGUAAAACGCCAACCGAUCGUAACUACGGCGGUUCGGCAGCAGACACUGUCCGCGCGAUAGCAUCCGAGAGAGACAGGGAGUCCCCGGUGGCGAGAGAUUCUUCCAAGGACCCUCGCUCUGCUAACGACUCAGGGCCUAUGUCGAGUGGACAUCGAACUCCCACUCAAACGCCGUCAAGAAUGUCUGCCAGAGCCAUGGAGGCUGGGGAAGCUGCUCCUUUAGCCAGACAGCGCUCUCUACGUCAGCAUCGCCAGCGCGGAUCCAUGGAUAGUGCGGACGAGUCUGUUCUGGGGCGGCAUGCCAGUAUCGAUGGAUCGAUCGAAUCCCGAGGUCACAGGAAUUCCAAGUCCAUUGGGGAUGAGCCCCGUUCUCCCCGGCUUACUGCUCAUCAGGAGGCUCUGAUCAAGGAGCUGGAGGCAGCCAAGAAUCGCAAUGCGUGGUAUGCGUCAGAACUUGCACUGGCCAAGAAAGCUGGAUACACGAUAAACUUUUCGAACAAUCCCAUCGCGGACGAGCGUGCGGCAGAUAUGUUUGCGGAUGAGGAUCGGCCCUUGAUUGAGGCCUUCCUUGCAAUGCGGGCAGAGCUUGCAAAAAUGCAGGCGACAGUGGAUCGACAGGCUGCCAUCGCCUCUAAGAGGGUCGCCGAAGUAGAACAUCAGCGAGAUGUGGCUGUCAAUGAAGCAGCUUACUCGCGGGCCAAGCUCGCAGCUCACGGUGGAAGCCAAAGGGGUACUCCGCAGCCUGACGGAAGCUCGCAGGAUCCAGAUGAAGCGAUAGCCGAUCGUUCAACCGAAAUGGGCCGACGGCUAGCUCUGGCCCUCGCAUCUCAGAAUGAACUGAAAUCCAAGCUGGAAGCAAUCUCAACAGAGCUGGAUCAAGAGAAGCGCGGCAGGGAACUGGCCGAAGAGACAUGUGAAGCUACGAGGAGGCGGCUGGCGGAGCUGGAGAUGCAGAACAAUACACUGGAGGUGGAGAGCUUGCGCGCCGAAUUUCACAGAGUGGAGGCGUCAGCAAGAGAGGAGUCCUUACUACGCUCAGAAGCUGAAGCCUCUUUGAAACAACUCACAUUGGAUAAGGAGGAACUACUUAAGAGGCUUGAAGACUCAUCAUCUCGUCUAAGGGACUUUGGUAACAAUCUCGGCAGUCUUCGGGAAGCGGUAACUGCAUCCUCGGAGAAGACUGCCCUGCUCGAAAGGCAACUGGAGGAAGAACGGGAGCUGCGGGAAGGACUUGAAAGAAAAUUACUGCAGUUGAGAUCGGAGCACGAAGAAAGAACUGCCGAGCUGGAGAACGCCACCCGGCGCCUGCGGGAUGCAGAGGAGUUGGCUGAAAGCAAUGCCAGAGAAGCGGAGACUCACAAGAACGCAUUUUUGGCCGGCCUUGAACGCGCCUCCUCCUUCGAUUCCGAGACGUCUAUCCGCUCAGUGGCCGACCAGCGAGUAGCUGCUCUGGAAGCUCAGGUUGAAAGGGCUAACAAACUGGCCAAGGCCAACCAGGCUGCGGCUGAUGAGGCAGCCGACAAACUGAGGCGAGCCGAAGAGAGAAUCGCUGGGCUUGAGGCCUACCAAGAGCAAGCUAGCCGAGAAGGCCUGCAACUUCGCAGACAGCUCCAGGCCGUUAUGAAGGAGAGCCAAGCCCAUGCUGCUGAGAACAGAGAGCUCAAGUCAAAGCUGGAGAAUCAGCAGCGAGAGGCUGGAGCCCUGGCCAUCCAACACGCCACGCUGAAGGACCUUCUCGCAGAGCGUGGAGUCAGCUAUACUGACAGCAGGCGUUCUCCCAGGCUCGAAUCCCCGGGCUCUCGAUUCGGUACGCCCGAGCAAAGUCGACUUCGUGAGCUGGAACAGCAACUAUCGGCUAGCCUGAAGGCCCAUGAAGAACUCAAAGCAUCCUUUGAAACUCGGGAGCAGGAAGCAGACCGUGCGUAUAGAGAGAAGCUGGAGCAACUCGAAAACGACUAUCAGUCAGCUGUUCACUAUGUCAAGGGGACCGAAAAGAUGCUCAAGCGGAUGAAGGAUGAGCUGACCCGGUAUAAAGCGCAAAAUGCAAAGAUUCAGGCCGACCUCGAAGCGGCGCAAAGAAGCAUAAGUCAGGCAUCCGGCCAGGGCUCAGAAGCACCAGCGGAAUGGGAAGCUGAACGCUCGAAGCUGCAGCAGUCCAUCUCUGACUUGCAGCAAGAUACUGCAUCUUCCAUUGCCAACCUCGAGAGUCAGAUUGCGAAACUGAAGGAGAACUUGUCUGCCGCCGAGGCUGAAAAAGACAAAUCUCGGUCAGAAUAUGAGAGCGUCAAACAGGAGCUCAUUGCUGCAGCAGAGAAGAAUCGGGUGGAACUGGAGCAGCUAAAGCAAGAGAACGCCCUGCUCGAGGCUCGCGCAUCAGACGCCGACCAGAAGGUCGCCAUGCUUCUGGAUCAAGUUGAAGCCUCCGUCGGGCAUUACCGACGACAGUCGCAGCCUGUUCAGGGGAUGAACGGUAUCUCGCGAACCCACAGUAAUGCAUCAAGCAACACGAUCAGUGGUGUCAGUGGUCGGCCAAGGGCAGACAGCGCCGUGUCGCAAGAUGAGCCGUUCCCUGACAAUCGUGGAUCCAUGGCUUUGGACUCUCUUGCCAAUGAGCUGGAGGCAUUGCGCAGUCAUUGGGAGAGUACCAAUCGCAACUACCGAUUGAGCACUCAAUCAGACUUUGACCGAACUCCAACCAAGGAGACCCAUGGCUUGAGUGACAGUCUGGCCGAGUGGCGGCGGAAACUGGACGAGGAGGAAGCAAGAGCAAGCUCCCCAGAGAAGAAUAAGCCACGCGCAGCCGAGGAACAAACGGCAGCGAACAUGAUCUAG